ACGUGUCUCCGUUAUCACCAGGUCAUAGUUUAAGAGGACUAGAUAUAAAGGGGACAACUGAGACUCCAAAAUAACCACAAGAAGAGGAAAUCAUCAUCCAGGAAUGACAAUGAAGAGUGUUGUAUCUCUGCUGGUGUUGCUGCACUGCUGUCUGUCUGGGGCCCAGGUCCACAGAGAUAGAGAUGGAGUCAGUGUGAAUGAGAUCCAGCAGGUUGACUAUGAGGACAGAGAGAGCAGAGGGAAUGACAUUCAGGUUGACAAACAGAGAGCUGAAGCUGCAGCCUCAACACACAGCCAGCAAACCUGCCAGCCUGACAUCCACACUGUGCUGAGAGAGAUGAGCAACAUGAUGGCGGAGCAGAGAGUUGAGCUGAGUCACACAAAGACUGAACUGGGAGCCAUGGAGGCCCGACUGAGAGACAGUGAGAGCCGACUGACAGCCAGUGAGAGCCGACUGACAGCCAGUGAGAGCCGACUAACAGCCAGUGAGAGCCAGGUGGAGGAACUGAAAGUCCAGCUGAAAUCCAAAGUGGAGGAACUGACCAAGAGGAAUGAAGCACAAGCAGUGAAACUAAUCUCCAUGGAGACUCGUUCUAACAUCACUGAGAGCCAUGUUGAAGUUCUGAAGAGAAACAGUCAAGACAGGAAGUUGGCUUUCUCAGCCUCACUAGAAGCACCUGGUCAACACGGAAACACUGGACCCUUCAACACUGGAAUCACCCUGGUCUACAGAAAUAUCUACUCAAACAUUGGCAAUGCUUAUAACCCCACUACAGGGAUCUUUACAGCACCAGUGAGAGGACUCUACCUGUUCAGGUUUUACAUCUAUGGAGGGGGUGAUAAUUCAGUUCCUACAACUGCGACCUUGCAUAAGAAUGGACAUCAAAUAGCUAGUGCACAUGCUGUCCAAGCUAGUGGUGGCAUUAAUUCAUCCAAUGGAGUGUCAGUGCUGCUGGAGGUAGGAGAUGUGGUCUACAUGCAUCUCUUGGCUGGGAGAAAGAUAUAUGAUAAUACAAAUCGCCACAGCACCUUCAGUGGUCAUCUGCUCUUCACUAUGUAAGAGGGUUGGUAAAAAACUAUCUGAUGGGGUGUGUUGUCUUUGUCAUGUUAAUAUUAGGUAACACUUUACUUGACACCCAGAGUCAUGACACGGCCAUAACCAUGUCAAUGAGUCAUAACAUCUGACAACUUGUCAUAACCUGUUAUAAUAUGGUUGUAACACUGUCAUGACACAUAUAUAUUGAGACCUGUUGUAACAUAUAUUAUGUUAUUUUAUGGCUGGUUAUGACACCUACUUAAGAGUGUAAAAACCCACAGAACCUACCACACAAGGCAAUA